AGGGAACCUUUUGUCCAUGAUAGGGGGAAAGUGAGGCUUGUCCCCCCACGGGCUCAGCCAGCCCAUAGCCAAGGUGGGCGAUGCCAAGAGCAGGAUCCGUCCCUGUGGUGCUGGGCUUGUUCACAGUGGGGACCUCAGCUCAGCCCCCAGGCUGGGUUUUGGGAGCCUCUGUGAGGGACAGUCCCUCCCCAGAUGCCCUGGGUGGUGGGGGCCAUCCGAGUGUGCUGGCCCCUUCCCUGCUCGAGGCCCAGCACGACCCAAAGCCCCGAUUCCUGGCAUGGGGCCACGGGGGUGGCUGCGGGUCCCCCAUGGGGAGCCCCGGUCACACGGGGUGCGUUCGCUCCUGCCUCUGCCCCCUCCUCCUUCCUGGCAGCAGGAUUUGGCCACUGCGGUGAGAACCCAUCCCCUGUCCCCAGGUUGUGCGGCAAGGCCAGAAGGGAAACUGAGGCACAGCACUGUGGGGUGGCCUGGAGACAGGUCCCUGGAACUGGGCAGCUCCGCUGUGUCUCCGGACAUGAAGUGGCUUUGGGUGGUGGCUUUUGUGGCACCCACCUGCACCGUUCCCUACAACGGCACGGCAGGCAGCCCUGGGGACAAUGGGGACAAUGGGGACAGAGGCCGCUGCGCCCUGCAGCAUGGCACCCUGGGCACCCUGGUGCUGCUGCGGUGCCCGGCUGCAGCAGGGGGGCCGGCUGAGUGGCGCUGGGGCAGGACUGUCCUGGGAACGUAUCCUGCACCGGGGCUGGCCCUCCCCAACGCCAGCCUGGCCCACGAGGGCCACUACAGCUGCCACCACCCUGGCACCGGCGAGACCUGGGCCACUGUCUGCCUGCAGCUGGGCUAUCCCCCUGCACUGCCUGCCGUCGAGUGCUGGGCCAUCAGCUACCCGCAGGCAGUGAACUGCUCCUGGGUCCUGGCCCCCGAGCCACUGCUGGAAACCCACUUUGUGGCCACGUACAGGCAUGGUGUGGGGGGGGCCACAGAGACGGGCGAGUGCGUCCGCACGGGGCCACAGAGCUGCUCCUUCGGGGACUUGCAGAUGUUCUCCCUCACCCCCUACGUGGUGAAUGUGACGGCCAUGAACCCCCUGGGCUCUGCCUCCAGACUCCUGCCCUUCCUCCUGGAGAACAUCAUAAAGCCAGACCCCCCCGAGGACCUGCGGGUCUCACCCAUCCCCGGGGAGACCAAGAAGCUGCUGGUGGAGUGGAGCCCGCCAGGGUCUUGGCCCUUCCCACAGUACUUCCCACUGAAGUAUCGCAUCCGCUAUGCCCAGGAGGGUGGCUCUGUCACCAAAACGAUCGGGCCAUACGAGCAGACAUCAUACACCCUGACAGGAGUGCCACCCAGGACGCUCCACCACAUCCAGGUGGCUGCCAAGGACUUCACAGACUCUGGGGAGUUCAGCGCCUGGAGCCUGCCAGCCUCGGGGAUGCCCUGGGUAGAGCCAUGACAGGCAGAGCAGGGCCAGCGUCCCCUUCCCUGUCACCCAAACUGGGAACAAGAAAACUCCUGAACAGCAGUGUAGCAUUAAGAAGCAGGCAUUCCUUUACUGUAGUGCUGGAUGCACGGGGCAUCCCAUCAGUUCUGGUGGCACCCCCAACCUCCCUCUCUCCCUUGUCCCACCGACGGACGCCACAUGCCCUGGCCACUCUGUGUCCCCAUGCCCCCAGCAGUGUGGUACCACCAGUACUGGAGGGACCCACCAGAAAAAGGCAAUAAACCAGCUUGAGGCUCA